AAAACAUCAAAAUCGAAAAAAAAGUAAAAUUAGCAAUACGAAAUGGCAGCAAGUACAUUCAUGACUUAUUUCCAAUGCUUCGGAAGCAUGAAUGAUUCACCUACGCUGCCAACGGCAGUGAAAUACAUCACAGCCAAUAACUGUACAUCGAAGCAAAUCACGUUGUGUGAAAAGCCUAUAUCAUGUCGUUCCCUCUCACUCGCAGUAGACCCUUCGAAGAGGUUUACUGACGAAGUUCAUAUACAGAAUGGGUCCACAUGCGUAGUAUCGAGUGCCACUGAUAUUAUAACUUCACAUCAAGUGGCGUUGAAAAAAGCGCGGUGGGCAUAUUUACCACAGAUGGAGAGAGAAUUCAUGAUUCAGCAAACGAUUGGAGCACAUCCCAACAUAGGGGGUAUGAGAAAUAUAAUCAAAGAUUUCAAUAAGAAAGAGGUUUAUUUAGUAAUGGAACUCCUCGAUGGAGGCGAUUUAGUUGACCUAGUUGCAAACACCAAGAUAGGUAUGACUAGCCGUGAAUUCAUCUGCUUUGCACUACAGUUGGCCCGUGGCCUGAAACACAUACAUGACAAGGGAGUGGUACACCGUGAUAUCAAAGCCGAUAACGUAUGUACUAGCAAAGGGGACGGAGUGAUGAAGUUUGUAGAUUUUGGUGAGGCAGCACUUCUCGAUGAACCAAUUAGAAAGUAUAAAACCGGUACACUUCCAUACAUAGCACCCGAGCUACUCGAUGAGCAUAGGAAGCUAUCCGAAGCCCAGAGUGAAGUCUGUGAAACAGACUUGAAAGCUUGUGACGUAUGGUCGUUGGGUAUCACAUUCUACUCCAUGCUGACUUGUAGGCUACCGUUCAAACAAGCCGCGCAUGGCGAUAAGAACUUUGCUAUGUAUAGUACCGGGUCUGGUGUUUUCGGACCCACAAAAUCGUGGAUAAAAAUCGAAGGCACUUUGCAAACCCUUAUCGCAAAUAUGUGUGCGGUAGAUGUCGCACAAAGAUGGACAAUCGAAGAGGUCGAGGACUAUCUCACAGAACUGUCAAGAUAAGUCGUGACUAUAAAUGUGAGCUCCUAUCGGGUAAACAUCAAGAAAAUAUUAGUAUGAAAAACAAUGCUUUAAAAAAACAAUGAAUUAUUAAGUAUAAUCCACGAAUCACAUGCAAUAAAACAAUUCAAAUUUCAACUAGUG